AUGGCUCCCAGAUUGACCAAGUUCACCAAUGGCCUGCUGCUGCAAGACGAUCACCUGAUUGCUGGAGAUCUCUGGAUAUCCUCCGACUCAGGCAAGAUCAUUUCCCCACAAUCCGCCUUCUAUGGCUCAGGGAGCACGCCCGAUCUGGUUCUGGAUCUGAAGGGCAAGAUCGUCUCACCAGGCUUUAUUGAGGCUCAGCUGAAUGGAUACAGCGGUCUUGACUUUGCCAAACAAGAUCCCAACUUCGAGCAGAGGUUCCGAGCUGUUCGGGAAGGACUCAUAAAGGCUGGCGUCACCUCCUUUACACCAACCAUGACCUCCUCCUUGCCGGAAGUCUAUCACACUAAUCUACCAUAUCUUGGUCGAACACAAGCAAGAACAGCUUCUGAGGGCACUGAAUGUUUAGGUGCACACGUGGAGGGUCCUUUCCUGAAUCCCGAAAGGAAUGGUAUUCAUACCAAGGAGGUAUUACAGAAGGCCAAGGUCUGGGACGAUAUUGAGACAUGCUAUGGUGCAGAUAAUUUGAAGUAUAUUCGCUGCAUUACCGCUGCACCGGAGCUGGGAAAUAUGGUGGACCUCAUUCCGGAAUUUGUGGCUAGAGAUAUCAUCUACUCGACGGGACAUUCAGAUGCAACCUUUGAACAAGCACAAGAUGCAGCAAGAGCCGGCGCAACCAUGGUCACGCACAUGUUCAAUGCUAUGCGACCAUUUGGCCACCGCGAUCCUGGCAUCUUUGGUCUGCUCGGCCAACAACCGUCACGACCUACAACUCCAACUCAAUCACCCCAGCAAUCAUCACCCACGACAUCACCAACAAUGAGAUCCGCAUCUAAUAAACCACCUGUAACACCGCCACAACAGUUCUCUUUACCCCGACGUGCCUUAUCAAACAGUUCUACCCGAACACCCACACCUAGAAGCUCAAUAGACUCUACACGUCGGCGUUCUUCACCACGAUCCUCCCUGUCAAUCAGCACAUCCAUCACCUCUGUCCCUGAUGCGACGCCAGAACCACCCUUCUUCGGCCUUAUCAGCGAUGGCAUUCACCUUUCUCCUCCAACCCUCAAGAUCGCUUAUUCUGCGCAUCCUACAGGCACCAUCCUCAUCACCGAUGCCAUGCCUCUUACAGGCCUACCUGAUGGUGUUUAUCCAUGGACUAAUGGCGAGAACAUCAUUAAGCACGGGUCGCGCCUAACACUUGAGAGGAAUGGUCGUAUUGCCGGAUCUGCUGCGAGUUUACUUGAAUGUGUUAACAACUUCAUCGAGUGGACAGGCUGUGGUGUGGCUGAAGGUUUACGCGCGGUCACCCAGACACCAGCACGAAUGCUGAGGGAAGAGGGAAAGGGGCGACUGGCUGUAGGUUGCGAUGCCGAUCUUUGCGUUCUGGAGCUGGACGAGGAUGGAAAGUUAGUGUUGAGACAGGUGUGGAAGUUCGGCGAGUGUGUUCACGCUACUUGA